AUGUCCAUGGAAUCGUCUUCAAGUGUUGUCUUUGAACCAGUCCUCGAUGUUCAAGCCUUUUCAACCUUUGUGGUUAUACUCGGAGUUUUUGCAGCCUUAUCCUUUCGAACAAAUCAAGUUGAAGGUGCAGUGCAGGAACGAAAACGAGCGCUCGAAAAUCUUCGCCUGGUGAAAUCAAAGGAGCUUGCGGGAGAUCAAAGCGUAGAUGGGGCGGUUAUCCAGUUGGCCCUAGAUGAAUUUGAAGUCGCUGUUAAGAAAGAAGAAGACUUAAGGAAUAUUAUUCCUGGUGUUGUCAGGAUCGUACCCCCCAGUUCCGCUGAUAGCAAAGAGGAAGAAGCCCGGAUGAUCGCAAAACAGUUUUUGGGGAAAGACUUUGAUAUUGGAACGACCAAACGCGAGGAAGUUCAAAGCAGGAAUGUUCCGACACUAGCGCUCAUUGCUGUACUGUCACUAUUCAUACUCCAAGCAGCAUUAUUCUUUACCGCAGCAGAUGAUCUGAUGGCCAUAUCAUCCGUUCCGACGCAGAUGAAUUGA